AUGAUCCACCAGCGACAAUAUCAACAAACCACCAACGGAGGUGCGGGCUCAAAAGCACCCCUCCUCAUCUUAGGCGCAGCAGCACUCAUGAUCCAAGGUCUCCUCGUCCUCCCCACCCCAGCCAACGCCGAAACAACAAUCAACAUCAGCAGCAACAACAACAACAACAACAAUAACAACAAUGGCGCGUCAGUCGUGGCCAACAGUGGAAACAGCAAGGUCUCGUUCGACUUGGGCGUGCUUCAUAACUUGCAGACGAUCGCUUCCUUGUCCACUGGGGGGUCUGGACCUGCUGGUGCUGGCCCACAGCUUUGGGGGACCACCUCUGCAGCAGGAGCAACAGCAGCAGCAGCAGCAGCGAUGGUUUCUCAUUCCAACAAUACGACCCCAUCCGCUAACCUUCAACAGGAGCAACAACAAAAGGACGCGUUAGAGGGUGCGUCGUUGGCAUUAUAUCGUAAGAUCCGGUUGGAGGAGACUAGCGAUGCUCCUGCUGCUGUCGAAUCUACGACUCCUAUGGCAGCCACCGCCAAGGAUGUGGGAGCGAUGGAAGAGGUGGAGGAUAUCCAAUCUGGAGAGAUGGAACUUGCAGUCGACGACGGUCUUGAAAAUGAAGUUACUUCAGCAGAGAAAGAGUCUGUGAGCCGCAACAACGACGCUAAUACCACCGAUACCAAGAAGAAAUAUGACAACAAGGAUGUCACUGCCGUUGCUGUCGUUGAUGAAGAGUCGCCCUCCGUCAUCCUCAGCCCCGUCUCAUUGUCCAAUCUUUCUGCAGCUGCCAACGACGACAAGAAGAAGAAGAAGAGCAAGAAGACCACAGCGACAGAAUUGGAGGACGAGAAGAAGGCCGAUGAUUACGACGACGAUAAGGAUGUCCAGAACGACAAUGACAAGACGACUAUUGCCACUGACGAGACCGAGUCUGAGACGAAGACCGAGACUAAAACUGUGGCCGUUGAUGGCACCCCUCGUGUGGGAGACCAGGUCAUGUUGGACAAGGACGGUAACCUCAUCAAGGAUGUCACCCUGGAGAGGGAGGCCGAGAAGAAGGCUAGUGACACGUAUUCUGCCGAAAAUCACGAUGCCGCACCUGCCACUGUCGACACCACUGCGGAUGCCACCACCUACAACAAGGAGUCCAAGCCGCUAAAACCAGAGGAGGAGGAGGAGGAGGAAGAAGAGGAGGAGGAGGAGGAAGGGGAGGAGAAGGAGGAUCCUGGUGACAAGAAGGACGAGAAGGGCAAGAAAGGUGAGGAGGAUAACGCAGAGGACGAUAAGGACGCUGAUGAGACGAAGGACGAAGCUACGACUAUGGUCCCUGAUGGCGGCAAGAAGAAGGGUCAUCGCAAGCAAGCCUUUGCCAGACUCCGAGAGCAGCUCGUAAAGCAGCAGCAGCAGCAGCAAUUGUCCAUGGGGGAGACCGACACUACCGAGGCGCCAGCGGAGUCCGAUCAAACCGCAGACGUAACUACCCCCAUGGCCGAAGACGCCACCACGACCCUCGCCCGCGCUGCCGAUUUCGUCCCCCCAGAGGACAUGCGAGCCGUUAUGGAUGCCAAGGCUGAGAAGGAAAAGACGGGGAACAAAAAAACUCAGUCUCCCUUGACGCCUCAACAGAUCGCCGACACCGAGCACCAGGGCGCCAACGCCUUCUUUGAGCUUUUUGCCGCCGACGUCUUUCCUGAUGUCAAGCUCGUCGGCAACAACCAGCUUCAAGACUUGGACUUUGAGCAGCGUCUCAACAAGCAGAAGGAGGAUAAGAAGGCCAAGGCUGCCAAGAAAAAGCAACAGCAAGAUAAGAAGGACAAGAAGAAGGUGGCCAACAAGAAGAACAAGAAGAAGGUAGCCAACAAGAAGGGUGGCAUGAAGCAGCAACAGGAUCGGCACCAGAACGAGAAGCGCGAUCUUCCCGCUGCUGCUCCUGACAUGACUGAGGAGGAGCGUGUCCACGCCGCUUUAGAGAACAUCUUUGGAACGGAUGGAGCGGCCAAGAUCGAAGCCGAGGCGGACGACUCUUCCGAUGUCGAGAUCACCGCCCAAGGCCUCGAGAUGAACCAUCACAAAAAAAAGCAUCACCGCAAGCACCCCGCAGUGCCCGCCGCCGAAGACGAUGCCACUUCCAUCUUCACCACCGAUGCCAAGGACACCAAAGACAACAAGUUGACACCUCCCGCCGACUCACCAAUGUCCGAGCCCAGCGCCGGCGGACCUCCAGAACAUACUGCCCCUGGUUCCUCUGCCGGUCAGCCCCAACCUCAACAGCGCCAGACUAAGCAGCCUGCUUCUGGAAUCGCUUCACCUGCAUCGCCUCCGGGGGGUGCUCCUCCCGCUGGGGCCAAGGGUGGACCAGCCGCUCCUAGCAAGGGCGAGACCGGCACUGCUGGCUUCGGAACCACCCCCAUGUUUGGCCCUGCCCAGCUCGACCUUGGAAAUAGUGCCGCUUCUCUGAUAACUUCUAAGAGUUCAAUUGCCCUUGCCCUCGUCUUUGGCGUUGCUUGGAUGGUUUUGUAA